AUGUUCAAGGGUUUGCUAAAUCCUGUUGUGGAGAGCCGAACAGCACGACGGCUUGCCACCAUCGCCAACAGCGCUAGUAGUGGCGGCCGACCGCACUCGCGUGAGACAGUGCGACAAUCCGUUCGGCUUCUGGUGAAGCUGCAGAAACACCAAGGGCCUGGGCACACACGAACUCCACAGCAACGCGUACGGCGCAGUGGCCUCACCAACCCGCUGAACUUGACCGAGUCGUGGGCAACGGCGCAGGCAGAUGCUCUAGCGCAAGAGGAGGCAAGCUGGCGGGACACAGAUCCGCUGCGCAAGUGGAAGGACGAGGCCGAAGAGCGGCGGCGGCGGCAGCAAGCAGAGGAUGACGCGCACCCUGGCCCCGGGUCCGCACGACCCAGUUCAUCAUCGCACUAUGGCUCUGUGAAUGCCGACACCGGCAACAGCGCUGUGCAGGAACGUUUUGAUGCCCUUGUUCACCGCGCACUGCUCCGCUACGGUCCACCGCUGCCGGUGGAGGUAGUCAUGAACAGCAACGUGAUAUCCUCCAUCUCCUUUGCAUCAAGCGCGCACCGACCUACGCAGCGCAGCUACCCCGAUACCUACGUCGCAGCUGACAAGGGAGCGGAUGACUCUAGCGCUGCGUACUAUGAUGAGGUGGCGCUCAAGCUGCACGAGCUCAUGGCGAUUCUCCGUAAGGAAGAGCCGUACUUCAGCGUACGGGACGACUGCGGCGGGGUUCCGCUCUCUCUCAUGGUAAAGAACUGCUGCUAUCUGCGUGCUUUCGGUGGAAAGGUGAACUACAUGCGCUUUGUGCGACGUCUGCACGCGGCUGAGCUGCAGUCGGGCGGCAAGAAUCAUGGUGGAGGGACGCAGAACGCAUACGAGGCAAACACGGCAGUGCUGUCACUUGGCAAGUACAAGAUGCGCGAGCUGCCUUCGCAGGAUGGGCUCCGUCAAGGUCCCCAGCCGUGGCGCUACACUUAUCGAAUGAUCUGA